AUGUCAUCAUCUGGUUCAUUCGAAUUGCAACCUCCAAUUAAUGGUAAAUUCAUCACAAUUCUCAGCAUCGAUGGAGGUGGCAUUAGAGGAUUAAUUCCAGAAUUAGACGGUGAGGAUGCUAGGCUCGCAGAUUACUUCGAUAUAAUUACAGGAACAAGCACCGGUGGCCUUGUUACCGCUAUGCUAACUGCUCCAAACAAAGACAAUCGUCCUCUAUUUGCUGCUAAGGAUAUAAAGCCUUUCUAUCUUGAGCAUGGCCCUAAGAUAUUUCCACAAAAUAAUAUGCCCUUGUUGCUGGAAAUAAUGGCUGGAAAUCCAAAUUUUUUUCCAAUUAAACCCAUUGAUUAUGGAAGAUUUUUGGUGAUUUCUGUAGGCACUGGAUCUGCAAAAGUUGAACAAAAAUAUAAUGCUAAAAUUGCAUCAAAAUGGGGUAUAUUGGGAUGGUUACAUAAUGGAGGUUCAACUCCAAUUGUUGAUGUGUUUACUCAAGCAAGUGGUGAUAUGGUUGAUUUUCAUAUUUUUGUUGUUUUUCAAGCUCUUCAUUCCGAAGAAAAUUACCUUCGUAUUCAGAUACAAGAUCUAUAUAUACUGACAACGUAA